AUGUCGACGACGGCACUCGCAGUGCACCCACAGCCGUCCCCUGUGUGCCGGCUUCCCCCAGAGCUGCUCAUUCACAUCUUCGUCCACUGCUCCGACCCCCCCUCCGACCAACUCACCCUCCUCGUCCUGGGCCAAGUCUGCCGCCACUGGAGAGAAGUCAGUCACAUAUCACCGCGCAUAUGGCAGCACAUCUAUCUAUGCGAGAGCAACGGCACCAGCCUUUCUCACAACCAGGCCCUUCGAUGGAUGCAAAAUGCCAGUCCCCUCCCUGUCGACGCUCAUAUAUGCACGUCCACCACGGACAUGAUCCUCCCCCUUAUGUCCCCCCUUAUGUCCGACAUGCGGCGGCUCGAGCGGUGUGUCAUUUCAGGCCGCCACGAAGAAGAGUUCAAGUUCUUCGAGCACGCUUUCGACCCCGCACGCACAUGCCUCGUCGACGAGCUCGGCCUCCUCAUCAAGGGGUCCUCUGCUCUCGAUCCCCUCGGCCUCAACGCCAAUUCCGAUACCGCGGACGACCGGCCCUUCCCAAACAUCUUUCAGGUACACUGCCCAUCGGAGGGGCCUCCGGAGCUCGCCUUCCACUUCUCCCUGUACGCCCUCCCCCUUCCUUUCUCCAUGUACCCGAUCCCCGUCAAGUCGCUCUCCAUCACCGAGUUUUCUCUGGAUGUCACGACCGACAUUCCGCGCAUGCUCGCCUUCCUCCGCUGCACCCCCGCGCUCGAGAUUCUCCACUUCGCCGGCUGGCCUCAAGAGGGCGAUCCGAUCCAGCCCGGGAAAUCCACCCUCACAGUCUCCGUGCGCGCCAUCCUCGCGCACCUCCACGCCCCUGCGCUCCGGGAACUCUACCUCGAGCACACAAACGUGGACUUCGAGCUCCGCACGGAGCCGUACGUGCACGCACAGGCGCCACCCGAGGACGGCGAGUCGGACGACGAGGCACACGACUUUUCGCAGUCCCCAUGGUCAGACCACGCGACGGGCAUGGGGCUCCGCGCGCUUCUCCGCCGCAGCCAGCCGCCGCUCGAGGUCCUCCACAUGGACUACACCGAUCUGCGGACGAAGGACUUCCGGUGGGUGUUCGAGCAUCUCCCCCUCCUCCGCGAGUUCCGCAUCGUCGGCUCGGACAUGUCCGACCGCGUCGUCGCGAUGCUCGCACCCUUCCGCCUGCGCCUCGCCGGGGACGGCCUCCGCAUCGACGACAACGACGUUUGGACCGUGCGCGUCCCGCGACUCCAGAGGCUCGAGGUGUGGCACUGUCAACGCAUCUCGGGCGACGCGGUCGUCCGCGCACUGCGCGCGCGAGUUGCGUUCACGGAUCUCGCGGCGCAAGAGGGCUGGGGCAACACUCUGGAGAACAUCACGAUCGUCGGGUGCGCCGAUUUCGUGUUCCAGCACGCGGAGGCGUUGGAGGCAUCGCUUGGGCAGCGGCUGAGGCUCUCAUGA